AUAUUUCAGAAACCAGUCACCAAAUAAUACACGGACCUUCGAACCGGAAGCAAAUUUGUGGGGUCAUGGAAACUUUGAAACGUUUUCUGUCGGAUGCACGCAUGUAAACAGAACCUCUUGUUUAGUUGGUGUAAGACCAACAACAGGUCAUGCAUGCCUCUCAAGGGGGUACGAAUUUGAAACAUUAGUAUUGCAGUAAAUUAUUGAGAAAAAAUGUCUAUGGAAGAUCCGUUUUUCGUCGUCAAAUGUGAGGUCCAGAAGGCGGUGAACACUUCCCAAGGGCUGUACCAGAGAUGGAGCGAGCUGCUACAGGAUCCCAGUGGUACUUCCAAGGAGGAGGUGGACUGGACCACCAAUGAGUUGAGAAACAGUCUGCGGUCCAUCGAAUGGGACCUGGAGGAUCUCGAUGAGACCAUCAGUAUUGUUGAAUCAAACCCUAAGAAGUUCAAUCUGGACACAGUGGAGCUGACCAAACGGAAAGGCUUCAUCACAAGCACUAGACAAACUGUUAAGGAAAUGAAAGACCACAUGUCCAGUCCAACAGCCUUAGCCAUGUCAGACAAGAAAAAUAGACAGGCUCUGUUAGGGAACAGUGGGUCUCAAGGCCCAAUCUGGCAACCAGGACCUGACAAAUACACCCGUCUGGACCAAGAGCUACGUACGGCCAACUCCAUGUUCAUUGAUGAGCAGCAAACCCAGCAGCAGCUCAUGGCAGAGCAGCAGGAUGACCAGCUGGAACUGGUGUCUGGGACCAUCGGGGUGCUGAAGAACAUGUCUGAGAGGAUUGGUAUGGAGCUGGAUGAACAGACCGUGAUGCUGGAUGACUUCUCCAAUGAGAUGGAAGGUACCCACUCCAGACUAGACAAUGUCAUGAAGAAGCUGGCCAAGGUCUCCAACAUGACCACCGGGAAUGUCUGUGCCAGACGACCUGGAGUCAUAAAGGGUCACGGCUGGAGAGGAAGGAAAAGUACCCCCCCACACCCCAUCAAAUGGUUGCACCACCUUAUAAGGAAACACCCUCAGGAAGCUUACAACAGGAAGAACUCAGGAGACAGGGAGUCAAAUGAAAUCUGGUCGUUUUUUUGUCAGGAUAUCCUGCCGGUUCUUUCCCCCCAGCCCCUAGACAAUGUGCCUGCCGGUACUUUCCCCCCGGCCCCUAGACAAUGUUCUUAGGGUUUUAUAUAGUAUUAUUCCCCUGCUAUUCCCCCCCCCCCCCUUUGCAACAUGCCACUCCAGUUGCAACUUUAAAAUAUGAUUGUUUCAGGUCGAAAGACAUGAUAGCCUUCAUAGAACAUAAAUUCCUCACAAUUGUAUGUAUUUGGACCUUUCAUGCCUUAAUAUGUCUGAAAUAAUUGUGUUAUUUAUUUAUUUUUACAUAAAAAAAAAAAAACUGCAGAUCAAUUGCUCCUCACGUUGUUUGAUACAGUUCAUCCUCCUCUCUUUCUCUCUUCCCUUCUCUUGCAGACCGCCGACAGUGGUGUGCUAUCGGCAUUCUACUGGCCAUUCUGUUUGUGGUCGUCAUGCUCCUCUUAAUCCUAUGAUGACCGUCCACCACCACAACAACACCCCUGUCUCCGUUUGACCAAAGGGAUGGACUUUACAUGGGGCUUGGGAAAACAUCAAGGUUUCCAUUGACAUAGGGAAAUGGCUAUCUACCCCAACCCUCUUUUUACUACAUACUGCUGAAUAUACAGCGAUUCUUCCGUAGCUGGUGCAAGUUUCUGCUCAAGCAACAUUCUCAGUUGUCAUUUUAGCACUAAACUUAAACCUUCCUUGGCAUCUCUAUGUAGGAUUUGGCCCUAUGUGAAUACUAGGCCUCAAAAUAUUUUCCGGAAACCCAUUUGAGGUAAACCAGGGUGUAACCAGGGUCGUUGCGUACUCCUUGUGACAUUUUAGUGUUAAUAU